CUUUCUGUUCAUUUGUGAGGUUCCUGCUUUAGUGAGGCUGCCGUCAUUCAUGGUAUAAACCACAUGACGGUUGUUCUAGAUAAGCAUAGCAGACUUUGCCCAAUGCUGGUGACACAGAGCUGAGGCUUUGGCAGGAGGAAGUUGGACUCACUAGAGAGCAGACCACAGGCUGGAGGAUACUGGGAAGGCAGAGGAGGCAUUAUGAGAGACUUCUACGUCAGAGUUACUAUCCUAGUUACAGGUCUUUGCUUUGUGGAAACAGUGACAACCCCAUCAAGAAAAAGCAGCGUUUCCUUCAAUCCCGAGUACCAGAGGAAUGGGGACCUUCUGGUAAACUGGUCUUCUAUAAGACACGUGUCACAGAACACAGACGCCAUGGAUAGAAGUUUCUACUUCUUUAGAGUUCUCUUCCAGCCUCACACACAAAAAGAACGGCACAUAAAACCUCCGGACCGCACUCACCAUCGCAUAUCGAAAGUGACCCUCGACCCUCUGGCGCAUUUACAUGCUUUGGAGAUACUAAACCUCAGCAACAAAGCUAUCCACUACUUCUCGCUGGAUCAGCCCCUGCCUCCUUCCUCACACCAAAAGCGCCACGGAGGCCACUCCCACAGCCGGCUCCCCAGGCUCCAGGUGCUGAUCCUUCAAAGGAAUCAACUCAGUGGUACUCCUAAAGGACUGUGGAAGCUGAAGUCAUUGCGGAGUCUGGAUCUGUCAUUCAACAGGAUAGUUCACAUUGGGCUGUCUGAUUUUCAUGGCUGCCUGCAGCUGGAAAGCAUCUAUUUAAAGAGCAACAAGAUCUGCACGAUUCACCCCAAAGCCUUCAAAGGGCUCAAAAAAUUACAGGUGGUAGACCUCAGAAGCAAUGCACUGACCACUCUGGUACCGAUUGUGACCAUUGCUCUAGAAUUGCCCCACCUGGAACUUGGCUUGGCUGAUAACCAGUGGCAGUGUAGUGAAAGCAAUGUCAACUUCCAAAACAUUACCUCUUCAUCCUGGAGGGAAAUAUGGAAAGCCAUCUGCAACAUGUCUGUGGAGAACAAGAGGCCAAAUGCAGAGACUCACCAGAUCAGAAAAUCCAGGGAUACACACCUUCUUCUGUCUCCUCCAAGUGACUUGAAAAGCCUCAUCCAGAGCAAGGCAGAGAGGCCCCAGGCAGGGAUGGACAUGCACCUUUCUGCUCUGGGGAAGGAGGCGAAGGAUGGCUAUGGUGAUCUCAGAGGGAUGUGGCCACAGUCCCCAGUAGAACUCAGAGAUUCUCAGGAUGAACAGGUCACUGACAGAAAGGAUGACAAGCCCCCAGCCCUUGAGCUGGCCAUCUGCCUGUCGGUGUUCAUCACGUUUGUGGUGGCUUUCUGCCUGGGGGCUUUUGCAAGGCCCUACAUUGACAGGCUACGGCAACAGAGAUGCUCGAAUAAAAGGCCCGGCUCAGAUAAUGCCUACUCAAACAAGGGCUUCCAUGGCGACAUUGAAGGUGCUCAACACAUGGAGUACCAAGGGACAGAUCUACACCAAACUACCCACCACCUACAUCUUUCUGAGAACCAGAACCCUUCGUGGGUGGCAGAGCCAAUCCCACACAGUGCUGUCCAAUCAGAACAGAUGCUGGGAAGCAACGGAACAGACCCCGGUCAUCAGCAGAGCCCAGAGCAACUCAAGGACAGCAAUGAAUCAAGAAGUGGAGAUAGCAUCGUGCUUCCAAGUGGCCCUGUAGCCCAUCUUGCGCUCCAUGGCCUUCCAAACGCUGAUGCACACAAGGCGAUUUCACCAGUGCAGCAUCACCAUGAUUUUCUUGAAGAAGCACAUUAUGACACAGUGGCCCAGGAAUAUUCUCUCAUUGACGAUGUGAUGGACAGGUCUUCCAUCACUGGCCCUCUGGGAACUUUCCCCAGCUCUGUCGAGAGUAGGCGGGAUGACCUGCACCCAUCACAGCCAAGAGAUGUUGUGGCUUCUUUCUCCAAAACUCUAGCACAUGCAAACACUAGAGAGGCUGAGGGGAGUAUGGAAACGGGGUGCCCUGAACCUUUGGGAGCCAUGGACUCACAGAUGGGAUCUUCUGAGGAAAGGCAAGUGAGCAAUUCCAUUAGGGAACUGGCCACACAGCAGCCAAGCUUCCAGGGGGUUGAUGCUGAGGAGAGACUUUCCCAUGUCUACAGCGAGGUCCUACACAAUGACCCACCCUCUCUUAGGCCAAGAUGGGGCAGUGGCCAUUAUGUCAUCCCUGCUACUGGGGAGCCUGUGGAGAGAGAUGCUCCUUUUGACCCUCAUUAUGACUUGGUGACCAACUACGAGUCUGAUUCCGACGAGGGUUCUUUGUUUACCCUUAGUUCUGAGGGUUCUGAAGACACAAGGAGCUUGGCUGAGGAACAGGCAUCUGUGGAGAAUGAUGGGACCAGCCAGCCCCUCCCAAGCAGGAACUUGGGGGAAUACAAGGACAGUGUGACAUCAGCAGAAAGUGUUGAGGACCUCACAUCGCAAAGGAUUCCAGAGAAAUGUGAAGCGCAGGAAGCUCACCUUAGAAACACUCUUAUUUCUGGUCCAGACUCUUGUGUGUGUGAGACAAAUCAGGAAAAUGACUCUAGCUCCCUUGACCCUGAGAAUAGAUCAACGUGGCCCCAACUCCCAGGACAUAAGUUAUCACAUCAUGAGACUCUGGGCACAUAUGGUGACAUAGAACCCCAGUCUGAGGCAGUAGACUGGCACUACUCCCUUAGAGACCUGGAAUCCCCAAAUGUAGAUAGUUCACCAUCACCACCAUAUUCUGAUGAAGAUCUCUCAGGUCCUGAGGAUCGUGCCCGCAAGAGAAGUAAGCAUUGGUAAAUGGCAACCUUCCAAGGCUGGGGACAGAGCUCUGUUGGUAGAGCAUUUGCUCACCAUGCACAAACCCCUGGGUUCAAACCUCAGCACUGUAUAAAUUGGGCACACUGGCACAUUCUGUCAGCCCAGCCCUUGGGAGGCAAAGGCAGGAAACAGGCAUGAGACUGAAACAGCUUUUGUGGGGUAGAUGAUGGAAUGCUCUGACAAAUGUGGGCUCUAUUGCUCCAAGCAUCAGCUCGUGAGAGAUGUCAGUUCUACCAUGACAAGACCCAGUCUCCCACCCAGAUUCCAGGAUCACACCCUCAACCACAGUUGCUCGAAUCUGCACCAUCCUGGGACCUAAAAGUCAUAAUUUCUCUUCACAAAUAUGAGCUCCAAAAUUCACUUUUUUUAGUCAACACUGUCACAGUGUCAACCCAGUAAACCCGUUUAUAGAUUGUA